ACACUCCAAUCAGAAGAAAAAAAAUUCAAAGGAGGAAGAAGAAAUGAGCGUUAAUGGGGAGAACAAGGUCUCAGGAGGAGAAAGCACAGCUUCAGAUCGACCGGUUAGAGUCUACGCCGAUGGGAUCUACGAUUUGUUCCACUUCGGUCACGCUCGCGCCAUUGAACAAGCCAAGAAAUCGUUUCCGAAUACGUAUCUGCUUGUUGGAUGUUGUAAUGAUGAGAUUACGAACAAAUUCAAAGGGAAGACUGUGAUGACUGAAUCUGAACGAUAUGAAUCGCUUCGACAUUGCAAAUGGGUUGAUGAAGUUAUUCCAGAUGCACCAUGGGUUCUCACUACUGAGUUUCUUGAUAAGCAUAAGAUUGAUUACGUAGCUCAUGAUGCUCUUCCCUAUGCGGAUGCGAGUGGAGCUGGAAAUGAUGUUUAUGAGUUUGUUAAGUCGAUUGGGAAGUUUAAAGAAACGAAACGAACAGAGGGGAUCUCGACAUCGGAUAUAAUCAUGAGAAUUGUGAAGGAUUAUAACCAGUAUGUGUUGCGUAAUCUGGACCGGGGAUAUUCGAGAGAAGAACUUGGUGUCAGCUUUGUUAAGGAGAAGAGGCUUAGAGUGAACAUGAGAUUUAAGAAACUACAAGAGAAAGUGAAGGAACAACAAGAAAAGAUACAUACCGUAGCAAAAACUGCUGGGAUGCACCAUGAUGAGUGGCUUGAAAAUGCUGAUCGUUGGGUUGCGGGAUUUCUUGAAAUGUUUGAGGAAGGAUGUCACAAAAUGGGAACAGCCAUCAGAGAUGGGAUCCAGCAACGGCUGAUGAGGCAGGAAUCAGAAGAGAACCGGCGCUUGCUUCAAAAUGGACUGACAAUUUCCGAAGACAAUGACGACGAACAAAUGUCUGAUGACAAUGAAGAUCUCAGCGUGAGCACUUCGAAAUAGUAAAGAAAUGAGAGUUUUGGGCUCACGAUUCAAGUAUUUCGAGAUACAGGACCAAAGUCUACUAGAAUCCACAUUUGUUGCAAAGCUUGUUUAUUUCAAUUGUACAUUAAAAAAAAACUCUACUUCGCAAUCUCUACUUUUUAUUGUUUUUUA